AUGCUCGUCCUUUACGAAACAGCAGCUGGGUAUGCUCUCUUCAAGCUUGUUGACGAUGGCAAGUUAGAGAGUCCCGAGGAACUCUAUAAGGAUUUUCAAGAUGCCGAAAAGGCUAAUCAGCUUUUGAAGUUGAAGGCUUUCAAGAAAUUUGAAAAUACAACUGACGCCUUAUCUGCUGUUACCGGCAUUGUCGAAGGCAAAAUGCCCAAAAACUUGAAGAAGUUCUUGGAAUCAGAAAUUACAGACAAGGAAAAGAAGAAAGAAAAGUUGGUUAUCAGUGAUCCCAAGCUCGGUUCUUCUAUCAAUAAGAAGUUAGGUGUGAAUGUUUUAUCCGAUAGUACCGUUCAAGAACUUUACAGAGGCAUUCGUGAACAAUUUGAAUCAUUAGUCUCUGGCCUUUCUUCCUCUGACUUGAACGCUAUGUCUCUUGGUCUUUCUCACUCUCUUUCUCGUUAUAAACUCAAGUUCUCUCCCGAUAAAGUGGAUACUAUGAUUGUCCAAGCUAUCGGUCUUCUGGAUGAUCUCGAUAAAGAACUUAACACUUACGCUAUGCGUGUUAAGGAAUGGUACGGCUGGCACUUCCCUGAAAUGACAAAGAUUAUUGUUGAUAAUUUGGCUUACGCCAAGGUCGUCAAGACCAUGGGUUUCCGUACCAACGCACACAAGACGGAUUUGUCCGAAGUUCUUCCUGAAGAACUCGAAGUGGAAGUGAAAGAAGCCGCUGAAAUUUCUAUGGGUACAGAAAUUUCUGAUGAAGAUUUAGAAAAUAUCUUUGCUCUCUGUGAUCAAGUCAUCAAUAUUACUGAAUACAGAACCCAACUGUACGAAUACUUGAAGAACCGUAUGCAUGCCAUUGCUCCCAACUUGACAGCCUUGGUGGGCGAAUUGGUUGGUGCUCGUUUGAUCUCCCAUGCUGGUUCUUUGAUGAACUUGUCUAAGCAACCUGCUUCUACUAUUCAAAUCUUGGGUGCUGAAAAGGCUCUUUUCCGUGCCUUGAAGACGAAACACAAUACACCUAAAUAUGGUUUGAUCUAUCAUGCCUCUCUUGUCGGCCAAGCUGGUCCUAAAAACAAAGCUAAAGUAGCCCGUAUGUUAGCUGCUAAGGCCGCACUUUCUUUAAGAGUGGAUGCUUUGGGUGAAUCUGAAUCAAACGAAGUCGGUGUUGAAGGUCGCUCUAAAGUUGAAUCACGUAUUUCUAUGUUAGAAGGUCGUGUGAUGGCUAAAGCAAAUAAGGAUACAUCUGCUCAGAAACAAACCAAAUUCAAGUUUAACAAGGCACAAAAUUACAGUGAAGCUGCUGAUGUCGUGAUGGCAGAAGCUGAAGUCAAGGUAGAAGAACCUGAAGAAGUCUCAGGUAAAAAGAGAAAGAUCGAAGAAGUCGAAAGCAAGGCAGAUGAAGGAGAAGACAACUCUGCAGUAUCAGAGGAACCUAAGAAGAAGAAGGAGAAGAAGGAUAAAAAAGAAAAGAAAGACAAGAAAGAUAAAAAGGAGAAGAAAGAGAAGAAGGAUAAAAAGAAAGAGAAAAAGAAGGAUUAA